UGCUUCUCCUCACCGCUUCUCGCCAUUUCUAUCGGGAAGACCCAUGGCUGCCGACGCCGACGCCGACGAACCGACCCCGACGGCCCCCGCGGCGGAUCCCGACCUCGAGAAGGCCGCGCCGGGCGCCGCCGCUCACCCCUCCGCCCCAGCGGCCGACGAGGGCGGCACGGUGGUGAGGACGGUUUUGGCGAGGUGGAGGAGGGAGGACCUGUUGGAGAGGAGUAUCCUGGUGCUCCGCGCCCUCGUGCUCUUUUUCUCCCUCCUCGCCGCCGUCAUCGUGGCCUCCAACAAGCACGGCGACUGGAAGGACUUCGAUCUCUACCAGGAGUACAGGUACUUGUUGGGUAUCUCCUUGCUCGCGUUCUUGUACUCGAUGGGUCAGCUAUGGCGGCAGGCGCGCCGGUUCAGCACGGGGAAGGAUUUGGUGCCGAGAAACUAUUCAGGGAUCGUUGAUUUCGCCGGAGAUCAGGUGACGGCUUACCUGUUGAUAUCGGCACUGUCUGCAGCCAUUCCCCUUACUAAUCGCAUGAGAGAAGGGUCAGAUAACAUUUUCACAGAUUCUUCGUGUGCUUCGAUCAGCAUGGCCUUCUUCGCCUUUGUAUCGAGUGCAUUAUCUGCUUUGAUAUCCGGGUUCAAGCUUUCUAAGCAAACUUACAUAUGAACAUACCCUCUUGAUGUGAAUACCCCUCUAUGCUUGUGUUGUAUGUUCCUCUUAGAAUGCCAUACUCAGUAUAUUGCUUCAUUCUGGUGCCACCUCAAUGUUCCUUGAAGAUUGUUUGUUUGAGUGUAACAAUUGGGGAGGGACCAUUCUUUUUAUUUGUUUGUUGAUGAUGUUCAUUAUUUGUAAUAUUUGUAUUUAUAUUGCAAUAUUCAGCAUGUACUUCUUCAAUU